GUCAUUCUCAAAUGAUGUUUUUCUGGUUUUUGUGGAGUUUUGGAAUUCAGAAAGCAAUAUAUUAAACUCGUAGUAGCCUUUUCUAAAUAUUUUUAUGUCCUAUUACAAAAUUGUCGCGGUCGAAUUGUUUGAUGUCCUUGAAGAGUACUUCCAACUUAUUGAAUAUGCUCUAGAUAAAUCAGUCAGAUUUAACAUUUCGUUACAACUGCAUAAAGAUAGUGAAUAAAAUUUUCAAUGUAAUAUGUAUUCAAUAUUUCACUCAUUUAUAUUAUCAAUCACUUCAUAUGUGACUGUUAUCAAUUAAUUAUUAGCACUCAUUACAUUAAACAAUAUGAUCAUUUUACAAAUUUAUAUGCAUUUGCUUAAAUUAUCAUCAUUAUCGCUGAUCUCCAUUUUACUAGUAUCUUCUACUAAUUUAUCUUAUCCUACAAAUUCUGUUAAGAGUUUAUUGCCUAGACAAAAUAUCAUUUCUCCAGAAGAUCACUUAAUUGAAAUUAUUUCUAAUAAUUCUAUAAAUUAUGGUUGUGAUUUUAAUCAACUACAGUUUUGUUCAUAUGAGCAUUCAUCUGAUUGGAGUUUUCAGUUAAGUUUAACAGAAUUUGCUUUAAAAAUGAAAGAGGCAGCUGAAACAGCUGCUAAAGUUGUUCGAAAUUUUCAAGAAACAUUGUCACAAAACAAUAAUACCAACAAUACUACAAGAAUCCAGGCUAAAAUAUCAUCAAAUCAAUAUGGGAAUUUCCCAUCUAUUAUUAUUCCAACAGUCAAUUAUUUCCCAUGUUCCACUAAUCAUAAUCAAUAUUCCUAUAUAAAAUUACCAAUUCAUUGGCCUAAAUAUUUUAUAACACAUCAACCAAUUAUACCAAUUGAUGUAACAAUAUCUAAUUUAAGUCAAUCAUCAUCUACUAUGAUUACAUCAUCACAAUUAUCCAGACAAAAACGAUCUAUUAUUUAUCGUCAUCAUCAUCCAAUAAAUCAACCAUCAAAUCAAUCUAUUCCAUUAUAUAGAUUUUCUAAAUUAUAUCCAAUAGCCUGUUUACAAUUAAAAAUACAAUUUCUAUCUAAUAAUCAUAAUCAGGAUAAUGAUAAUAGAUUAGAUAGUCAAAUUGUUUUAAGUUUAGGUUCAAAUAAACAAACAAUUCGAAAUGUGUUCAAUAUUGAAGAAUUAUAUGCAAAUGCAUAUUAUGAAGAUUACAGUGAUGAUGAUGAUGAUCUUAGGGAAAAUAGUGAGACAUCAUCACAUACUUCAUCUCCUCCUCUAUCAAGUAAAUCAUCUAGAAUAGAUUGGUCAAUAAUACGUCAAGAAAUAUCUGAUUUAAAAAAUAAUACAUUACCAUAUAAUGUAUGGAUUAAUGUUUCAAUGCCUAUCUAUCCUACCACUAUCACUACUACUACUACUACUACUACUGAUCUUAAUACACUCUCUAAUCAAACUAAUUAUCAUUAUAAUGAAUAUGUAAAUCCUUCCAAACUUCAUGAGACCGUCUUAGAACAAUCUGAUCAUUGGAUUGCUAUAGAUUCUAUACAAUUAUUAUCUAUAUACAGUACAAAUAAUGUAUGCAUUGAUGAUAUCCUAUUGUAUACACAUCAGAAUAGACAAUUCUUAAAAUCAACAUGUCAGAAUAAAUUAAUUUGGUUUAGUAAUAAUAAAAAAUUGAAUCAUUCUAUACAAAUCUUAUAUAUUAAUUCAAAUGGUUAUCCAAUAUUAUUGAAUAGAACUAAUUCAUCAUCAUUAUCUAGUCAAUCAAAUCAUCAUCAUCAUCAUCAUAAGAAGAAGAAAGAUAGAAAUAAUUUCAUUCUACAAUCUUUUAAAUCAAUCUAUUCAAAGAAAUAUCCAAUCUAUCGUAGUGUACAUAUGAUAUGGAUAGCUGGUUCAUUAUUAUUAGCAGUAUUUAUUACAUUUUUAGCUAUUUUAUUUAUUAUUACAUUUAGUUUAUCAGUUAUGUGUAAUCAACGUAAAACUGUCAACACUAUUCAUUUAAGUACUACUAAUUCAACUACUGAAAAUAAUAUAAGUAGUCGAAAUGAAAAAUGUAAAAAUAAUAUGCCAUUAUUGUAUGAACCACAUAAUCGUCGAAAAUUCUAUUUAAAUCAUUAUAAUAAAGAGAAUUGUAAUAAUGAAUUAUUAAGAAUUUUACCAAAUAAUUUAUCGAAUAAUUCAUUUUUAAUAGAUUUACAUAAUCAUUUAUCUUCAUCAUCAUCAUCAUCAUUACAUGGUUUAUUAAAUCAUCAUCAAAAUGAAGGAAAACAACAAAAUAAUUCACAACAGAUUAUUAUUACAUCAACAACAAAUCAACAAUUUGUAGAUGAUAAUUCAACAGAACUUAGUUUAUGUAUACAAGAUGAUAAAAAUGAAUUUCUUCGUUCAAUUGAUAGAAAAAUUGUUGACAAUUCAGAUGUAUCUACAACAAGUGCUAUACAAUUAUUACGUAAUUGGAAUUUUUAUAAACAACGUAGUACAUCAUCACCAUUUAGUUCUUCAUCUAAUAAUAAUAAUCCUAUAAAACAAUCCAAUGUAAAACAUAAUACAUCAAUGUUAUUAUAUAUGGAUCAUCAUCAUCAUCAUCAUGAUCAGCCAUUAUUUGGAAAAGGUUAUACUCAUUCUAAUAUAAUUGCCAAUAAUCUUAACAGAUCAAAUUUCAAUGAUAAAUUAGAAGAGAAUGUUAUGUAUCGAUGUCAAUCAAGAAAUGAUACAUCGAAUUUACCUACAAUAUCAAAUAUACGUCAAUCUUUAAUAUUAUCCAUUAAUGAUAAGAAUGAAUUCAUUCUAUUACCAUCAUCGAAUUCUAUGAAUCCUAAUGAAUCGAAUCCAAUAUCAUCAACCAUUAAUAAUAAUAAUAAUAGUAGUACAUUAGGUAUGUUAAAUAGUUUAUCUGAAGAAGAUGCUGAAGCAACACGUUUAGAAAUGGCAGCUUCUGUUGGUGCAUUAGAUCAACAAUAUUUACAACAUAAUAACAGUAAUAAUAAUAAUAAUGAUAAUACAUUAGAUCAUUUAGAUUAUACUUUAUCAACUAUACCACAUUCAUCAUUUAUUAGAAAUGAUGAUGAAAGACCACCACCUAGUUAUCAUGAUUCAUCACCUUAGAAAUUAAAAUAUUUAGUUCUUCAUAAAUUUAGCAUUUCUAAUUGAUUGUUUUUUCCUCCUCCCCCCUCCCGCUUAUUGUUUUCUAUUCGAAAAAUGAAUUUCUUUAAUAAUCUUUUAGUGGUAGGGAAGGGGUAGGUAGGUAGGUAGAUAAUGGGAUCAAAAUGUUUUUCUCUACCUACCCCAUCCUUUUUUAUCUUGAUUGAUUCAUUACUUACUUUUAUAGACUUCUCCUUGAUUAAUAAAUAUGAUGGAUGAUUUAAUUUAGUGUAACAGAACUUUUCUCAAAUAGUAAUAAGGCAGUGAAUUGUCUAAUCUCUAGAUCGAAUCCUUUGCAUCAUUCUAUUCGUAUUGAAGAUAAGCAAUUCAUUUGACAAAUUCACUUUAUGUGAUACAUAAAUCGGUUCAUAUUUCUAUUUCCUUCUUUAUAUUAUUUAUUAUACUUUUGUCGAUGAGACUAGCUGGAUUUUCUUUUUUUAAUGAAUAAAAAGUGAUUAGGAUUUUACAAUUCUGUUGUGUUUUUUUAUUAUCAUUAUUAUGUCUAUGUGAUGUAAUUAUCCUUUUUUUUGUAAAGAAUUUUUUCCCUGUUCACUAAGAAUAGUCAAAUUUUUUUUAUCGUCCUAGAUACUAAAUCCAUAAAUUGUAUGCACCCACAGACAUAUGCACACACACACAUACAAUCUCUUGGCGCCAGUUGUUUUCUAUCAUCUCUCUCUCCCUCUGUGUGUGUAUGUGUAUUUGUCCUACUAGUAAUAUUUCUACUAUAUAAAGUGUUCUUGUUACUGAAUUACACAUUUUGUUACUUGAUUUAUACUGAUUUUUUGCUUAGGUAGAACAAUGUUUUCUUAUUUAAAUUAAAGUAAUAUAAAUAUCGAAUGUAAUUUUAGCUAAUCCAACCGCAUACAUAGUUGCUUACCAGUCCCUGUGACUUCACUUUUAUGACAUCAGUGAUGGUGAUGAUGUCGUCGUGAGGGUGUAUGUGUGCAUGGAUCAUAUUUUAAAAUUUGUUUACUUUAUUUCUAUUUAUUUACACUUUUUUUCGAGAACAAAAAAUUAUCUAUUUACAACGAAAAUAUUGAUAGAAUUCAAUGAUUUAAUUUAUUCAACGCCUCCCCCCCCCGCUUGUUUAGAACAAACAAACAAACAAACAUCGAAAUGCUUGAACCUUCAAUCGAUUAGGUAAAUAAUUGUUGUUGUUUAUUUAUUGAUUUCUUGUUUGGAAUUUUGUUUCAUUUCUAUUUGUAAAUAACAAUGAUAUUAUAUAAUCCAGUCAAACAAUCAGAAUAAAACGGUUUUUUAUA